AUGGGUGCAGCUUUGGAGACCUCGAAAAGAGCUUACGAGCGUUUUCGUUCCAUCUGCCGAUCUGCAAAAUCACGUAUCACACGUCCUGGAGACACCAAACCUGUUCCUCCAGGUGACUUAUCGGAGCCGGCAACUGUAGCCGACAAUGGCUCUUCUCGCUACAGACCAACUCAAAGGCGUAUUAGCCCUAGCGUUGGAGGCGCUCCUGGUCCCACUCCUCCACCCAGCACUCCAACUUCCUGUCUACCUCAAGGGCCUAUGACUUCCGGAGUCGGAGGCACACUUAGCCCCUCUGCACCGCGCAGCACCUCAACCUCGUCGCUAGAUGAAAGUCCACUUGACAAAAACGACGUGCUCAGAGAAGCUCCGAUUGCAGGGUUCCGACUACCAUCGAGGAAAGCUCAACUCAUCAUGCAAGCUUACCGGUUGGGUCACGACAACGGAUGCACCACCAACGACCUGAGCUUCCACGUAUCAAAGCAAGAACUUGCACAGAUUUCCCUAUAA